AUUUAUGGACGUUAUCAAGUGACUACUACAUGAAAAACAAGUAGUCUCAUGAUAUCACCACAACGUUCAUUCUAAAGUUUAUUGUCUCUGGAAAACACUAGAAAGGACUAUGUGAAGCCAAAUGGGACGUUUUGCAUGUAUUUUACAUAUAGUCCAAUGAGCUAAACAUCCCUCCCAUUACAACUCACGAAGCAGAGUGAGAAUUUGAUUACCAAAGUAGUUUGAAUGCUGCAUAACCUCAAAAAUAGGUGUGUAUCUCAAUCUCCUUCACGUAAACCAGAAAUUUACAAAGGGGAAAAAACCCUCCUCUUAAGUAGAACAAAGCAUUCAAACUCAAGCUAUUUGCUGGAAGACUCCUGAAAAUUUCACUCACUUCUACGCUACUUAACUUCACCUUAGCAAGAUGGAUGAGCUGGAUGAGACUCAGCUGAAGAACCAUGUGGACAGUCUGAAGCAACAGCUAGAGUUUAAGAGAGAGAAAACAUCCAUCGCAAUUCCAGACUUAAUUAAAUGGAUUGAGGAGAAAACAAAUGAGGAUCCAUUUCUGAAUCCAGACAUACUGAAGGACAACCCGUGGGUGGAGUCAAGUAAAUGUGCUAUAAUAUAGUCCUAGUGCUGAGCUGUCACUCAUCACUAUGGCAACUGGAGCGACUCCACCCAUGGUCAUGGUUACACUGCCCAACUUUGACUAGGACAAACAUGCAAAUUUAAAUCUGCUUUCAUGUUUAUGUUUAUCAUGCCACGGCAUAUAAAAAAAAAAAAACUGUUGUUAUUUAGUGAAAACAUGUAUUUAUA